UAUUAAGCGCUGGGUGUAGUUCACUUCAUCUACCAGAGCGGCAUCGCGGCGCCUGAAACUACAACGCCCAUGCAGCCGCUUCGAAGUGGUAUCGGGGAGAUGCACAUGCCCGUCAAGGCUGGCAUGGAGUAAUAUCAUUUUGACUGGUGAUCACGGCUGGAGCAGUUAGGGUUCAGCAAGGGAGAAGUCUGCAGCAUGGCAUUUUGAGUGAUUACUGUGCCUGUGAAAUUGUAUUUUAAUAGGUGUGCGUUUUGGUGAUCAUACCAGUUUAAUUGCUCGGGCUCAUUGAUUCACCCUAAUCGGCACCGGUUUAGGGCUGUUAAGUUGCUUUUAUCUCAUCUCGAGGACCAUCUCUUUUUUAACGUUAAAGAUGCAUCGUUUUCAACGUCUGUCGACUAGUUUUUUGUUUAGCGGCCGUUUCGGCAGAAAGCGAGUCCAGAUCGAGGGGACAGCUUUUGAGUCGCGUCGGGGCGGACAGACAGUGCGGUUCAAGGCGCAGGGACCGGCGAGGCAGUGCGGCGGCUCGAAGCGCUACAGUACGGCGGAGGCGACGGUGGAGAGUCGGAGGAACGGCGAGGUGCGGGAGAGGACGCUGACGAUGGAGACGCUGAACCCAAACGUGAAGGCGGUGGAGUACGCCGUCAGGGGGCCGAUCGUUAUCAAAGCCGUGGAGCUGGAAAGGGGUCUGCAGGACGGGAUGAAGCAGCCGUUUGCAGAGGUCAUUAAGGCCAACAUCGGGGACGCACACGCCAUGGGACAGCAGCCAAUCACAUUCCUGCGACAGGUGGUGGCUCUCUGCACGUGUCCGGAACUGCUGGAGAGUCCCUCUUUCCCGGAGGAUGCCAAACAGCGCGCUCGGCGUAUCCUGCAGGGCUGUGGGGGAGAGAGCUUAGGCUCAUACAGUGCCAGCCAGGGUGUGGACUGCAUCCGGAAAGACAUCGCCACGUAUGUGGAGCAACGGGAUCAGGGAGUGCCCUGCAACUGGGACAACGUCUACCUCACCACCGGAGCCAGCGAUGGCAUCAUGAGCAUCCUGAAGCUGCUGGUGUCAGGGCAGGGUCCAUCCCGGACUGGCGUGAUGAUCCCUAUCCCCCAGUACCCUCUGUACUCGGCAGCAAUCUCCGAGCUGGAGGCCGUGCAGGUCAACUACUACCUGGACGAGGACCACUGCUGGGCGCUGGAUGUCAACGAGCUGCAGAGAGCUUUCCAUGAGGCCAAGCACUACUGCAACCCAAAAGUGCUGUGCAUCAUCAACCCAGGGAACCCUACAGGUCAGGUUCAGAGCCGGAAAUGCAUCGAAGACGUCCUGCACUUCGCCUAUGAAGAGAAGCUCUUCGUCAUGGCCGAUGAGGUGUACCAGGACAACAUCUACUCCUCCUCCUGCCAGUUCCACUCCUUUAAGAAGGUCCUUUAUGAGAUGGGCCCUGAGUACUUCAACAAUGUGGAGCUAGCAUCCUUCCACUCCACCUCCAAAGGCUACACGGGGGAGUGUGGCUUUCGCGGUGGCUACAUGGAGGUCAUCAACAUGGACCCAGAGGUGAAAGCCCAGCUGAUCAAGCUGCUGUCGGUGCGUCUUUGCCCUCCGGUGUCCGGACAGGCCGCCAUGGACAUCAUCGUGAACCCCCCCCGGCCAGGGGAGCCCUCCUUCCUGCAGUUCCACAAGGAAAAGACCUCUGUACUCAGCACUCUGGCGGAGAAGGCCAAGCUGACCGAAUCAAUCCUCAACACAAUCCCCGGCAUCAAGUGCAACCCAGUGCAGGGGGCCAUGUACGCCUUCCCCCGCAUCUUCAUCCCGCCCCAAGCCGUGGAGGAGGCCAAGGUGCUGGGGAUGCCCCCUGACAUGAUGUACUGCCUACGUCUGCUGGAGGAUACUGGGAUCUGCAUUGUUCCCGGAAGUGGCUUUGGCCAGAGGGAGGACACCUUCCACUUCAGAAUGACGAUUUUACCAACUACAGAGAAGCUGAAGCUGCUUCUGGAGAAGCUUGCUGCUUUCCAUAUCAAGUUCCUGCAGAAAUACACAGCCCUGGGGGAGUCGUCUGACAAAAGCCCAAGCGGACAGGCUAAGGCGCACCUCCCCUAGUCAGGGAAUGUGUGUGGUCAAAAGUUUCCAUAGCAACCUGGGCCCCGUUCCCCCUCCCCAUCAGCGUGCUCCUAUAGCCUUUUAAAACCAUUGAUACGUUUGGGAAAGUUUGCAGUUUAGCCAGGAGAGCCAAUGUGCCUUGGAUCUGCAAACUGAGGAAAGAAAAUACCAGCCGAAAAAGAGGUGAUUUAAGGACCUUUGCAUGAUGUUCACAGUACAGCACGCAAAAAAGUAUGGGGCCUUAGCGGAGAACAUGAACUGCUGAUCAUAUCUUAUUUUUUUAUGUAACUUGUAUAAUCCUCUCAGCCCUUGCAAAGCUAAAAAAAAAUGUGUCAUAUAAUUCCUUAUCAAUCUUAAAUCUGGCCUCAAAACUCAACCCCUUGACAUUGUCAAUAUUAAGAUCCUGUCGGGAUUUGGACAGUGCAUCCUAUGGUCAAUUAUAAUUGUACCAAAAGCACGUUAAAGCAUUUAAUGUGCAGAAGAGCCUGACAUCCGGGUCAUUGUGGCAAUAAUUAAAAUAUAUAAUAUGUAGAUUAACACCAGAAAUAUGGUGCAGUUUCUGAGAGCGGUACUGCAUAGAAUCACAGGCUUUUAUGUAUAUACGGUUUGAAUGAGAAAAUGAAAACUUGAUUUCAAGACUAUUUUGUUUACAUUGUGGUUAUAUCAUUACCGCCUCAGGCUGUUAUAAUAUCACUGAGUUCUAUACACGUUAGAGAUGGAUUGCUUCACGUUUGCUUUGUGGUGAUGUAUUCCACUUGCUUGUGAUGGGUUAUUGCUCACAGCUUAAGUGCAAUGGAUUGACAUCUGCGCGUUUGGCAUUACACCACCAGCCCUGUACACUUUCUGGGUUGACCUGCAGACUUGUCAUGGAGUAUUUGCUUUGCCGGUGCCCAGUGGGUGCACUUUACAUGGCUUGAUGGUACAGCUGAAAAUUUCUCAAGCGUAAACCAGAAGUCCCUCUUGUUUUGUCCGAUAACUUUUUUUUUUCCCUUUGCUCAUGUCAACUCAUCUGCGCCCCCUUGUGUCUAUAAGCUGAGGAAUCGCACUGGAAGCCGAGGCGAGGGGUCUUCUGCCAAAGCAUGUAGAUGAACUGACCGUGUGUCCAAGUCUGGUGCGUUUGUCGCAAUUAGCAUGUACUGGUUGCAAUGGGAAAAUGCAAGAGCGGUUUUGUUUUUAAGUGUGAUGCUCUGUGAUUUGUGUUUCGCAAUGCUGGGCUUUUAUUUUUGGUCAUGUGACUCCGAUAACAAAAAGCCAGAUAACCGCAAUGAAAAAUCAGGCAAGCAUCUUACAUUGUUAAGAGACCUAGAGACGGAAUAGCUACCAUCGCCCAGCGAUUAUCUAUGCAAUAUGUUGUCUAUAUCGCUUUUCAGCAUAAAAACACCAUUUUAACGGUGGUGGUCACCUUCAGUUAACAUAAACAACCCGAAGUCACACUUUUAAUAGGAAUGAUUGCCUUAGGUUUCUGGUAUGAUGCCUUUCUUUGGCAGGUCGAUUACUUUGACUGACUUUGGCUAUUAAACUAUGAGGAAUUUUCAGUUAUGGUAGGACAUUAUUUUGUGUACUUUAUGUAUAGUUUUCUGUUCAGAUGUAAUACGUUCUCAUAAAACUCUAAUGUGAAACUAAAAAGACAAAGUAACACAGUAACAUUCAUAAAAGCAUUUGUAUAAUACGCUGUUUUGGGGGGUAACCCUAUUUAAAGAUUACUUUGUUUUACUUUCUCAUGUAAGUUUUUGUAGAUAUAUAUUUUUUUCCCCCUAAAUUGAUUAAAACCCAUUUUUAACAA